CUUUCUUUCAUUUUUCAUCUUUCCCAUGUCUAAUAACCCAAAGGCAUUUUACAAUCAAUCUGAUUAUAAUACGGGUGGUGGUAGUCGUACACCCAUAAACCACAAACCCGAUCAAGUUUCAGCUUCCGAUUUACUGCCUCCACCUCCUUAUUCCCCGGACCCAACGCGUAAAAGUUCAGACAGUACAGCAACAUAUGGAAGUACAGAGCAACAAGUAGGGUUAUUGAGCCAAGAUUCUCAGCCAUUUUCUCCAUCCGCUAAAAAAAAGUUACCAAACCGAGAAGCGCCAAACCAGCAGCAGUCUUCAUCAAAUCCUCAUCAGGAGCAUCUAGCAGUUCCAAUUGCUUAUGAGCGCUCUCCACCGUCUGGAAGGAGAAGAGCUAACGGUGAUCCAGGCUGUUGUCGUAAAUGGUGCAAAUAUCUUUUCGCUGCCAUUUUAAUUUGGUUGGUGCUGUUAACAUAUACCAACAAGUUUGAUUUUUUCCCUCCCAGUAACACACCACCUAGAGCUGUAUGUCGUAAUGACGCGGUUUCUUGGCAAAAAUUACCCCGUACGAUUGAUUUCGAGAAAAAUAUAGAAAUUGAACUGGUAGGUCAGGUAUCAGGUGGACGUGUUGUACUUACUCCUACAAAAGAUCGACAUGGAGGUACUAUUUCGUCUGAAAUCCAGUUUACGCCUUCUUCUUUGGAUGAACAGAUGACGUACGAUAUCCAAUUGGAUGAUGAUACAACAAAGUUGCUCUUAACAAUGCCGCCACAUAUAUCAGGUGAUGAUUGUAUCAACCUAAACAUGGAAAUUCGGUUACCUUAUUCCGCUGAUCUUGUGCGUCUCAAUAUGCGUAACGUGGAUGUCUUGGUGCUUCCUUUCGUUAAAUCCGUUGAUACUGUAGACAUUAAAACUUCAAAUGGAAAAAUUGAAUCCGAAAGCUGGUCUGGCGAAUAUUUAAAGUUGGUCACAAGUAGCGCAGAUAUCAAAGUAGGCAGCUUAUUCUCAGGUGGUUCUGUUUAUAUCGAAAAUAGCAACGGCGCAAUUUAUAUGUCUAACACUGUGGAGGCCAAAGAUACACUGGAUGUUCGAAAUUCCAAUGGAUUGAUAGAAGCUCUUGGAACAAUUACUGCAGAUAAUUCUAUCAGCAUUCGAACAAGCAAUGAUAACGUGCGUUUAGAAAGUUUAUUUUCGGAUGAUGUCUUUGUUGAAAGUUCAAACGGGCCGAUCCAAAUUGAACGUGUGGAAUCUAAGACGCAGGUAACAGUUAAAUCUUCGAAUGCACCCAUUAGUCUUAAUGUUGCAGGAGAAAAGAACAAUAAAGUGGUUGUACUUACCAGCGAAGGCGAAAUAAAUUUACAUAUGACAAACGAAUUCGAAGGUCAUUUUGUAGCGAGCACUUCAAAUGGUCAAGUGACUAUCGAUGAUGACACAGGAAUUGAAUAUCAAGACAAUUUGGAUUAUUUGAAACGAGGUGAAAGAUACAGAAGAGGAAAAGGAGACCUUACUGCCACAAGUAGCAACGCAGAUGUUAAUAUAGCAUUUGAUAUCUCAAAUUAACUGUAAUAAUAAACAAUAUCAUAUCUAUGAUGAAACGAAUAUGUAUUUGAAAAGG